AGCCCCACCGGCCCCGAGCCCUGAGCCCCCACAGCUCCUGUUGUUCCCGGGAGCGAUGGCUCAGAACGUGGAUCCCGCCACAGCCACAGGCAGCGACUCCGGCAAAUCCAGCGGCACCGGGUCCUCCGCCACCCGCGGCUCCGUGACCAGGAGACUGCAGCAGGAGCUGAUGACCCUAAUGAUGUCUGGUGACAAAGGAAUUUCUGCUUUCCCAGAAUCAGACAAUCUUUUCCGGUGGAUUGGAACUAUUGAUGGAGCUGCAGGCACGGUCUACGAAGGUUUGAGGUACAAACUGUUGCUGGAGUUCCCAAGUGGCUACCCAUACAACGCUCCCACCGUCAAAUUUAUCACCGCCUGUUAUCAUCCUAAUGUAGACACAGAAGGAAACAUUUGUCUUGAUAUUCUCAAGGAUAAAUGGUCAGCACUUUAUGAUGUGAGGACGAUCCUGCUGUCCAUUCAGAGUUUGUUGGGAGAGCCAAACAUACAAAGUCCCCUGAAUGUUGGUGCAGCUCAGUUAUGGUCUAACCAACAAGCGUACAGAAAGCAGCUGCAGGAAACGUCUGGUGACCAGUGGCAAUGUUGAGUGAGGUACAACGCUGAGGCUGUGCUUCCCAUUCCUGUCUCUUUUGUGUUUUGAAUGUCUGUCUGUGUGGCCAAUUAUGUAAAUGAACACUAAUGUUCAUUUUGUGUUUAUUAUGUGAAUAAAGUGCACUAUGAGUGAAUAUUUUCUAAUUAAAA